CGCGGCUGCAGAGGCUGACGGACACGGAGACAUGAGGACGCACGCAUAGUAGACCUACUGGGAAUUAUCUGGGGGUUAAUAACUUCUGCUCACCAACGAGCGCUUUAGAAUUAGAAUUAUUGCCACUUAAUUCCAGCGCGUCCAGAAACAAGAGUCCACAUCAUGAAGUUUUUGUUUUUGCCUUUGUUAUUGGCUCUGAUCGUAGUCGCCCAGGUUUUUGGUGAAGAGAGCGAGCCAAAGGAAGGACAUGACUACUGGACAAGUGGUCUCCACAUCCAGGACGGCCAGGUUUCCAACAACCCAUUCAGAGAAAUCCUCCUGAGGAUGACGAGAAAGCCGCGGCCGCAUCAGUUCAUCGGCUUGAUGGGGAGGCGCUCCAUGGCAAAUGCACAGAUCCCCCGCAAAAGACAUAAGGUCAAUUCAUUUGUAGGACUAAUGGGAAAAAGAAGCCAAGAGGAGCCAGAGUCUUACAAGUGGAGCACAAUACAGACGGCCGACCAGUGGCGUUAGGCAGUCACCAUCUAUUUCCCACCUGCUGAUUCCAGUCCUGGGGGGCUGGUCUUGUUUUCUCCAAACUCUGUGUAGCUUUGAGCUGAAUAAAAUUGUUUAAAAUUGUUGUAA